UUUACCCUUCAGUUUUGGAUUCAAUUUCAACGGGAGAAACAUACGAAGUUUCCCAGAACAACACGUUUGGUUGGUUUUCAACCUCCUUGAUUUAUCCGACAUUUUACUAUAAGAAAAACACUUCUUUUUUAUUUGAAUUGAUUUGUUGUUUGUGGGCUCAACGAACGAAGGAAGGAGUCUCUUGUUCUGUUUCUUUUUCUUCUCUUUCAUUUCUUUUGGGUGAUUAAGGCUACAUCCAAUCUUGGCUCAAACCAGAGAUCUCUUUGUGAAUUACCUUCUUAAUUGGAUUGAGAGAGGCAUAUAAUAACAAACUCUAAGUGGAAUAGAUGGUAUUUGAUGUGAUUUGGCUUGGUAUGUUUUGAAGUUGACCUAUUUUAAUUGAAUUUGAUUAAGAAAAGAAGCCAUUUAUGGAGUUAGCUCAUCAUGAGAGGGCAGUCAAUGGAAGAGCAUCAGAAGAAGAUAUGGAUAGAGAGACCUCUGCAGAUACUCCAUUGAGGGAGCCUUCUCUAUACCAUCCUCAUUAUGCUGGUACUGUGAGACAGAGAGCUUAUAUCUUUGAUGGCUCUGGGAAUUUUUACAAUAAGGAAUGGGAUCUUGCAGAAGGCAGAGGUGAAGAGUUUUGCUGGUACCAUGUGGAGCUUCCCAAAGGGAGCCAGAAACUCUCUCAAUCUGCUCAGUACCUCAUUGGAGUUCUUUGCCCGCCAUUGAAGCUCCAAGACAUUCUUUCACUCAUUAGCAAUGGACCCUUUUGUGGACAUGUUGAUGGAGCUCUUGUGUUCAGAGUUAACUCACCUGGUCCUGCUUCUAGUGAUUUCACCUUUAGGAUUGCUGCCAGAAUUACUGAGAAUUCGGUUAUCACUGUUUCGUUAGGCCGUGUUCCGAGAUUGGGAUUUUCUAGGAUGGGCCAGUCCCUGCUCUCUGAGAUUCCUAGUGUGGAGUGUCCAACUUAUUAUAGAGGUCAGCAAAAGGAAGGGAGUGGAACAGUAAUAAGAGAGCAUGUUCUUGAGUUCUUGUUGACCAUGAAUCAUUCUGAAGAGGCUGACAAUCCUGUGCCAAAAUCUGUCUCAAAUCUUGUGGUUCAUAUUAUUGACACGCACGUGGAUCAACUUCAAGAUAUGGUGACCAAACUUGAGAUUGAUUUAGAUGCCGUUGAGCUUGAGUUGGAUAAAGGUGGUUUUGCUCUAAAGAAACAAAUGCUGGAUGAUAGAAGAUUCCCCAAAAUGCAUCUUAAUCUGCAGCGCCUCCUUCAGGUAAUUGCACAUGGAGAGCAAGUAUUUCCUCGAGUCAAAGAAAAAUCUGCAUCGAAACGUUGGGUUGGCGGUGAAGACAUUAUCGCCCUUGAGGAGUUAAUUGGACGAUUAAGGAGACUAAAGGAAAAUGUAGGAUUUAUAGCCAAUCGUGUUACCGCUCUCCAGGCCGGUCUAGAUAGCUGGCAAGCUGAGCAAAUUAACAGAAAGCUCUAUUAUCUUUCAUUCCUCUCAAUAAUUUUCCUUCCCUUGUCUGUCAUUACAGGAGUGUUUGGCAUGAAUGUUGGAGGUGUUCCAUGGACUGGACAAAGAGAUCCUAGAAUAAAAGAUGGUUUUCGUAAUGUCAUGAUACUCUGUGUAGCUAUGCUAUUUCUGGUUCUUCUAUGCUUCAUUUUCCCAUAUCUUUAUUCCCGGAUAGCUGCAUGGAGAAGGACUAGGGCGGUGAAGAAAAGCUGGUCUCUUAAUAGGAAAUCAUUCCUCAAAAGAACCAUGGGUAGCGGCAUAUCUGAGGAAAGAGGGGGUUAUCUUAGGCUUUGAAUGAUAGAUGAAAUUCAUAUUCUCAUGGAACUUAUCCAAAAUUACAUCAGAUUUUUUGGCUUCAAAAUUACGACAGAUUAGUUUGUUUAAUCCAGGUUUACUUGUGGAUUCAAACAAAUGCCAGUGGGUGGUAACCUGUUCGAUGAUGACGUUUACAUUUCCCUCUAAACUGGAAUACCCUUUGCCUGGAUUUGAUAAAGCAAUGUGGGGUUUUUAGUUUAAGGUGCGCGGAAUCUUUCACUGAUUUUGUUUAUUUAUCCUAAUAAUGAUAGUUCAGUUCCUUUUCAUUUUCAGAAAGCUUCUGUAACUUGUACAGUGCUAUCAAAAUUUUCAUUUCUUAAAUUUUUAGUUGUUUUAUCCCGUGUUGUAAAAUACUAGAGUCCAGUUUCCAAGGUGUACCAUCAACAUAGCAUACUGAAUUCAUCUGUAGUACAAAUUUGUAUAUUCUGAAAGAUAAACUCAGAGAAUAGUAUUUUCCAUUUUUUUUAUUA